CUUUCAUCGCAGAAGAGCUAAGUGCGAAGUGGGAAGAGGCGAUGGAGCUUUGGGGUAUGGUACAUUCUCAUGCACAUGGAGAUGCCAAGAAACGUCCACAGAGUUUUCGGAUAUCGUGCCAGAAGAGUAAGUUCAAGAGAAGAGCACUCGACGGCACGAGGAUGAAACAGGAGAAUGAGAAUCGUCACGGUUCGUCAUCGGGGAACUCUUCUUGUGAAACAACAUUAAUAUCAUCGACAUCUACAACUACUUCUCAACAAGAAACAUCUACUUCUCAAGCUCAACAAGAACAAGGCUCUCCACUGAUCUCCCUCUCAACUGCAGACUUAUGUCGGAAAACGGCUGGCAUUGUGCUGAAUAUUGAGCCAGGGUUGAAGGCACAGAUGGAGAAUUUUGAUUUGGAGGUUGCUCUGGUAGUCAACGAAGAGGAAAUUUUAGUGCAUAUUCCGAUUUUUCAGUCAUCUGGUGGGGAGAAUAUUGCUGAAGAUCAUGGUCUAGAAAGAACAAGUGACUCUCUACUAGAAGGAGAUAUUAAACGUCGUAGUCCUGCUGAGGCUCCCACUAGAGCCACAUCAUCACACGGCGGUCGUGCUUGCUACCACGUUAGUGGCCUCUCCCGUCCAGUUUGCUUUGCUAUGGCGCGUUCUCUAGACCUAAAACCUGGCGAAACUGUCCUAGAUCCCAUGUGCGGAAAGGGAGGACUGCUAUUAGAGACCUUGCCUUUCCUACAACAACAACUACGUGCGGAACGCGCGGUUUCAACAUCAACGAAUUUUGCUCCAACGAGCAGUAGACUAAUCGGCAUCGAUCAAAGCGAAGAACAAGUCGCAGGUUGUUUGGUCAACGCGGAAUCGCAUCAGAUUAGACCGAGAUUGGAGGUCCUAAGAGGAGGACCGAGAUUGGAGGUCCUGUCGCCUUCGUAUUCCAAAGAGGAGUGUCAGGACAAGGUGAAAAGUGAAGAAAUCCUCAAACUAACAGCCGACUUGAAAGCGAAACAUGGGCUAUUGGCCACGAAAAGUGGAACGAGUAAAAGCCUCCAAUCUAGUACUGAUGGUAACAAAGUACUAGCAGCGGAAGUGAGACUUGCUAGUCGACAAGAAGACUCGCAGCAGAAGACCUCGUUCACUGUUAUCCAAGGAAAUUUCCAGGACUCUCUGGAGGUGACAGACCUGAAGGAUGACAUACUCCAAGCUUCUCUUUCUCACGUCGACGCCGUCCUCUGUGAUUUGCCCUUUGGAAAGCAGUUUGGCUGCGUAGCAGACAACCACGACCGAUUGCAUCCGGGUUUUGCGAACUUUUUGGUUCGGAUUUUGAAGCCUGACAAGGGACGGUUCGUCCUUCUGACAAGUGCCGAAAAUCUAGAUUCUCUUUGUGAACAUCUGUUAAGCGUAACAGUGGCAGCACCUCAUGGGAAGUGUUUUCAUCUCACAAUCACCGAGCGUCGCUGGGUUACGUUAGGGAAUUUGAAGGCAUGUAUCGUGGUGGGAAAGAAAACACCAUUGCAAGUAGGAGAGAAGGAGCACGCGCUGUUGUCGCCGCCUACGAAUCUGCUGUCCUGGGAAAGUACAAGAGGAAGAAACGACUGGCAAAAAGAGAAAUUGAAGAUGCGACCUAGGUUGAGGCCUACGUAAUGGUAAUGAUGCUAGCUAGCUCAGCUGAAAAUUCGACGCUACUCUCGAACAGAGCGUCAACCCCUGUGCCCUGAUGAAAUAACACCCACUCUAUGUUAUUUCUUGGCAUACUAUAUUAUUUGUUUCUUGAUCAACAUGUUCUUACCGCUUGAUCAUAAGUAAAGCAUUCACUCAGUAGCCGGAUCUGGUCUAAUUGAUCUCUCAUCAGCUCGCUUUGGCCGUUACUUCUUUGUUCGUCUCCUCUCAUACAGUCAUAAAAUCUUGUCGAGACAGAAAGCGUCUGGCUCUGCUUUAGAAUGACCUCCAGAGCAGAUGCGCUAUGGGACUGCCUUGAUCGUGUUUCGAGUCGUAGUAGAGAUCAAUAUGAUCAGAACCAAGUUUUUUUUUUGCUAAGACACAUAAAAGAGAAAAUGCUGACGGGGGACUGAGAACAAUUUUUUCGCGCCGCAUAAACUGUUUUUCCCGACUGUAAGUGAUUGACCCAGCAGGGUACCUUACGUUACUCUAAACACGUGGAAGAUUAUAUAUACUGAUUGGGAAGUACUUACUAUGUCAACAAGCAAAUGUAGUGAUUGGAUUUGUU